AAAACCAAGUAAAAUGGCGAGCAUUUUUAGGAAAAGCUUUCAUCAAUGCUUCUCCAAAAUCACUUGUUUACCAACCUCUUUCUCUCCACCACUAACACUCGAAGACGACAAUGAAGACGCCAUUACCGAUUCCCUCUCCGACCACCAUUCCAUUUGCUCUUCAACUCACCUCAGCAUGUCCAUCAUCGACUCCUCCGAAUCCGAAACCUCGUCUUCGCUCGAUAAAUCUACCGAUUUCUCCGCCAUAUUCGCCUCUCAAAGGCUCAUCGUCACAUCCCCCGGCCGUUCUAAUUCCAUUUUCGACUCUCUUUCAUCGUCCUCGUGCGAGCAGCAACAGUUAUUAGUCAGAGGAGGAGUCGCUAUAAAGAAGGAUUCUCCCGAUCCUUAUGCCGAUUUCAGAAAAUCAAUGCAGGAAAUGGUUGAAGCUAGAGAGAAAGAAAGGAAGAUCAUAAAUCAUGAAUCUUUAGAAUCAGUAAGAAAUGAAGGUGAUUAUGUAAGGAAUGAUUUGUUGGAGUAUUUACAAGAGCUUUUGAUUUGCUAUUUAAACCUAAAUCCUAAAUCGACUCACAAAUUUAUUAUUCGAGCCUUUUCUGACCUUUUUGUGUCACUCAUGUCAACUCAAUCUCAUGUUUCUAAUUCUGAAAAUUACGAUAAUUAAGGAUGAGUAAAAUCAAUAUAGUCUUGUAUGAUGAUAUGUAUUAAAUGUAUUAAAUGUAGCCAUUCCACCAUUUUGUUUUCAUUUUAGAUUUUUUUUUGUAUACUGUCAAUAUAG